AUGGCGCUGAAGGUUGUGUCUCGCAUACGGUUUGCGAGACGGCACCUGUUAUCAGGCAGACUCAUGUACUGUUCGUGCCCAGAUUCGCCCUCCGUGCGCGCUUCUGCCGAUAGGACAAGUUCUUCUGAGUUUGAGUCUGCGAUCCAGUCACUCAAGGACAAUCUCCGGCCAGAGAGUCUAGCCCGGGUUCUCGAUUCCACAUCCGACUCGAGCUUGGCUCUUAGGAUCUUCAGAUGGGUUUCACAUCAGAGAUAUAACAUUCACACAGUUGACACCUACAGCUGUAUAAUCUCCAGGCUUACUGCUGUGGAAAAUCGUGAUGAGAUGGACAGCCUCCUCAGUGAGAUGGUCAGGCUGAAGGUGCCUGCGUUGGAGCAGGCCCUUAAUAAAUUAGUUGAGUGCCUGAGCAGUAAGAACCAAUUUGAUGAAGCUUUGCUGGUAAUCCAGCAUGCUAGCUCUGCGAAGCUUAAGUUGUCAGUCUCAGCUUGCAAUGGAGUGCUGCAUGGUGUGGUCAAGCAAGGAAGGGGAUUGCGGUUGUUCAUGCUUGUGUACACGGAGAUUGUCAAGGCGGGAGUCCUCCCUGAUUUGGAGACACUGAAUUUGCUGAUCGAGGCCUUGUGUGAAUCUGGUCGUUUAGACUUGGCACUGAUUCAGUUUGACAGGAUGAGCAAGAAGAGGUGUACUCCUAAUAGUCAUACGUUUGAGGUACUGAUCACAGCACUUUGUUCCCACAGCAGAGCAGAUGAAGCUGUGAAGCUCUUUGAUAAGAUGCUGCAACUUAGAUGCUCCCCUGAUAGCAGCUUCCAUGCUCAAGUGAUGCCCCUGUUUUGCAGGUUCAGUAAAGUCAAGGAGGCAAUCAUGUUGCAUCGAAUGAUGAAAGAAGAUAACAUUCAGUUGAGUCUGCAGUUGUACAGUGCCUUGGUUAGAUGUUUGUGUGAGAAUCAACUAUUGGAUGACGCUACCAUAGUGCUCAAAGAGAUGAUUACAUCGGGUCAUGCUCCAAUGGCAAGUACAUAUGUGGAUAUGAUAAAUUGUUACUGUACAAAUGCCAAGUUCCGCAAUGCUGUGAUCUUUCUAGAGGAAAAUGAUGUCACUGAAACAGAACCAUAUAAUGUGCUGCUGACAUGGUUGUGUAGAAAUGACAGGCUGCAGGAUUCAGUAAGCUAUCUUGAGAAAUUGCACAGCAGAGGUUUUGUUGAUUGUGAGUCAUGGAACAUUGUUAUAACUCAGUUCUGCAAUGAAGGAAACAUCAGAAGAGCAUCUGAGCUCAUUGGUAGAAUGGUUGUUUCUUCAUUUGCACCAGACGAGACUACCUAUUCUGCUAUUAUAUCUUGUUACUGUCGAUUAGGAUUGUACAUAGAUGCCUUGAGUAUGUUCAGAAGGGUAAGUAUUAAUAACUUGUCUUUGAAUUCGGAAUCUUUCUCACAGCUUGUAGAGAUUUUGUGUCACACAAAGAGGAUCCAAGAAGCUAUUGAAGUUUUUAAAUAUCACUAUAAAAGAGGCUGCAGUCUGACAAACAAGUCACUUGAUAUGCUAAUUGAAGGGAGUUGCUUGUCUGGAAAGAUCCGCGAAGCAGUCAAAUUGCGUACGUUGGCUGUUUGCACAGGCACUUCUUGUACAUUCUCCACUUAUGGCAUAAUUAUCCAAGCACUGCUCCAUUUGAAGAAGGGGAAAGAUGUAUUGACUCUCUUUGCACAAAUGCUGAUGGAAGGUUGUCCAUUGGAUGGGUAUGCAUACAAUAUUCUGUUGCGCUCUUUCCUCACCAAGGAGACAAUUAUUGAGGCUGCUAUCUUGUUCAACAGAAUGGUUAAUCAUUCCUUUUUUCCUGACCAAGAGACAUUUGAAUUGUUAGUCAAUGAUAUGGCUUUGUUUUCUUUUCUCAACAUGAUUGCACAAAGUUUACUGAAAGUGAUAGAUACAAGUGGAACAGUGAGCCCCAGAAUAUAUAAUAUUAUUAUUUAUGGACUUAUUAAAGAAGGCUUCAAGAGUGAGGCAUGCAAGUUUCUAGACCAAAUGCUGGAAAAGGGGUGGGUGCCUGAUUCAAGGACUCAUCGUGUCUUGGUCGGCAGCUCUGGUCUGGUGGAGGCUAGAGAGCUUGUUGAAGCCUACCAGACAGUGGAUGGUGACAAUGUGACCAACAUAUUGUUGGAAGGACUAGACUGA